AUGGACCUCGUUCAGGCAGCAUUCCAACGCCUCGGCGUAUCCAUACCCGACACCCGCACGCUCUCGCUCCUCGCAACCCUUGUCUGCCUCAUCCUCACCAUCCCCCUCGCCGUCAUGUUCCACUUUUCCGCACGUCCACGCAUCCAACAUCUCAAGGUCUACCACGAACGCGUGCUCAUCCUCGGCGCAUCUACGGAAAAGGGCGUCGGCGAAGCCCUGGCGCUGCAGUACGCUCGACGCGGGUGUCGCGAUCUCAUCCUCGUCGGUCGAAACUUGCAAGGGUUGGAGGCGGUCAAGAGGAGGUGCAUCGAGCAGGCCAAGGAGGGGGAGGAGUGGGAUAUGUCGGAUGAAGCGCCUGGUGAUGAGGCGAAAGCCAAGCAUGAAUCUCGUAUUCAUUGUAUCGCGGCGGAUUGCAGCAAGCCGGAGGACGUGGAUCGGUUGAGGAAGCAGGUCUCGGCCAAGUUCAAAGGUCUCGACACGCUGCACAUCUGCUUCGGUGUGUCUGCGCUGUUGCCGCUGCUAGGUGUGGCAGGUGUCGAUCCGGUUCGACCUACCGAUGGCCAAUCCGCCACCAAAGUGCACCCGGACCAAUCCGGUCUCGAGGCCGUCUCUCUCGCCGUCACCAGCGCCUCGAACAUCAACGUCUCCGCCACCGCCAUCUGCCUCGCCGCCUUCCUCCCCAUGCUCCAAACCACCUCCCUCCACCCCGCCAUCGUCCUCAUCUCCUCCGCUGCCGCCCUGUUCGCCACCCCCACGCGCUCCAUCUACGCCGCCACCAAAUCCGCCCAGCUCUCGCUCUUCCGCUCCCUCGCCAUCGAAUCCCUCGCCCACUCCGAAUCCACCGCCUCACGUCGCGCUAAGGUCAGAUUCCUGGCCAUGUGCCCCGGAACCAUCGCCACCUCCUUCCGCCACUCCGCUGUGGAUUUCGACCCAGCCAAAUCCGAUAUGCCCCAAGACCUUGCUUGGGUGAAAGGCGAAAAGAUGCUCACACCAAACGACGUCGCAGAGAAAACAAUCUUCGCAGUGGACAGAUACGCUACAGGCACCAUCACCCUCCCUCGCUUCUACGCCUUCGCAACGUGGAUCGACAAGGUUUUCCCCAGCUUUAUCGCACGUCAAGCUCGCAAAAAGUAUGCCUAUUGA